UUUCUAUCGCCGUUGCUUUUACCUUUCUGUUGGUUGCGUCUGGUGUUGUUUGAUCAGCUCCUAAAUUUUCAGGUGCCACCCGAGCAUUUCAGAACCGAACUUGCGGCUUGCUUGUUUGCAUCUUUUGUCGGCAGUCAUCUGUUUUCCAACGCACUUCGCUAACGUACUGGCCAAAGACCCGUUCAGUGAUGAAGACCUGAAAAUCAUGCACAUGAGCGAUCAGUUGUCUCAGGUGCUAUUGACUCUCAUGAAAGUGGAGACCGAUUCGCAGAAUCUGCAGAUUCUCUUAGCUCUUUUAUCGUGCUAUUGUUUUUCGUCGCUGAUGCACAUGUCACAAAGUUCUGAGGAUCCGAAAACUCACAACAUUUUGGAAAUGAUAAACGCAGUCUGCGAGCUGCUGAACUCGCGCUGGCUAGUAGAUUUUGCGGUCAGUUUGGCAAUCCUCGACUUCUUUAACUUAAUGGUCAAUUUACCGUAUGACAUAUGUUCAAGUUUGAUUCCUCUGGAAUCGGUUUUGGUCGCCGUUUGUCAUUUCAUCGAAAACCAACUCGCUCGACCUCCGCCAGCUCACUCACGCGACCUCCAUUCGACAGUGGUUGCGGCUUACGGAUUAUUGGGCAUGCUUCUGGUUCGAUUUCCUGAAGUUUCGAAGAAGAAGAGUACGUUGACAAUUGUAUGGGAAAUCAUCGAACUGGGCGCCACCGGUUCUAAGCUGCAGUCGUCUCAUCUGCCGCGUAAGCCGGCCAGCCAGCGAGUGUACAGCGCUGCUGACCAGCUGCUUCGGACGAUGUUUUGCUGCGUGGUACGUAAGAUUCGGCCCAACUAUCCAAUCGAAGACGAGCUGUACGUGGUGAGUUUGCUGAAAGCAAAUGGAGAUGGGUCGAAAUCCACAACUUCUUCCACGGUACAGACCCUUGACUUCUUGUACAUCUCAUUUGCCGACUCUGUGAUCAUGGCUGUCGCCGAAACUGAAAAAUUGACCAACAACAGCGGACAAAACGUGGUCAUCAUCCGCGCGCCGCAUUUCAGUCCCCUUCACUUCGUAUUCGACAUCGAACAAGCCAUGCCAAAGACUGCUCCAAAGCUGGUGCAGCACCCCGAAGGCGAGUGUUGUGAAACUCAAGUAAUGAAGACGCCAUCAGUGUUCCCGCCAGAAGUGGAUAAAGUGCCGAAAUGCACCGCGGAUUUGAGCAUUUCAGAGAUGGUAGCUGAUCAGACCGUGCUGCAUUUUGCUAAAGAGCUUGAUGCAUAUAUGGCGAAGCAGAAGAAGCCAGCUGCCGCUUCCCAGCUGACUACUUCGUUUCCGGAGGUUCACAAUCGUUGCUUUGGCUCUCGAAUACAUUUGGCACGAAUCCUGCUAUACGAUUUAGGUUUAAUUGACCCUUGCGAUGCAGAGGUAAAUUUUUGUGAUUACGCUUUACAGUUAAGUUGA